AUGGAGACACCCUCCCGUUGCAGCAGUUUUGAAGAGUACAACGAAACAGCAGAGUGGUUGUUGACUCGAACCAAGAUACGUCCAAUAGUCGCCAUCAUUUGUGGCUCAGGUUUGGGUGGCCUCGCAGAUAGGCUUCAGGACUAUGUUUCAUUCAAAUAUGAAGAAAUCCCACGAUUUCCUACCAGCACUGUUCCAGGCCAUGCCGGGAAGCUUGUCUUUGGAAAACUCGAGGGACAUGAUUGUGUGUGCAUGCAGGGGCGAUUUCACUUCUAUGAAGGAUAUAGCAUACACACAGUGUCAUAUCCUGUGCGAGUCUUCUCUCUGCUGGGAGUGAAAACCCUGAUUGUGACAAAUGCAGCAGGAGGACUCAACGACAGUUAUAGUGUUGGAGAUAUUAUGAUCAUUAAAGAUCAUAUUAAUAUGCCAGGCUUUGCGGGACAAAACCCAUUGUGUGGACCAAAUGAUGAAAGGUUUGGAGUGCGUUUUCCCUGCAUGUCAGAUGCAUAUGACCGUGAGUUGAGAUCUAAAUUCAGGUCUACAGCUGAAGCCAUGGGUGUAACACAGUUCCUUCAAGAAGGCGUUUACUGCAUGUUGGCUGGGCCUUCUUACGAGACCAUUGCAGAGUGCAAAUUUCUGCAGACGAUGGGGGCUGAUUCUGUUGGCAUGAGCACAGUCCCGGAGGUGUUAGUGGCUCGUCACUGUGGCCUUCGUGUCCUGGGAUUGUCCCUUAUAACAAACAAGGUGAUAACUGACUACAACAGUGAAGAGAAAGCCAACCACGAAGAAGUCCUGAGAACCACUCAGGAACGAUCCAAUCUUCUUCAAGAUCUUGUCUGCGGAUUCCUCACAAUGUAA